GUGUGUGCGUGUGUUGGAAUUUGAAUCGUAAUUAGGCUGUAUCGGGCACUACGUGACGAUGCCCAGCGCUAGGAGGAUGAUCUUGGGGCACGUUAUGUCCGGUCUGUGCACGAAAAUGAACCGCACCAAACAGCUUCCGGCGGAUCUGAUGGAAACACCGUUGAAUCGAUGCUUAAAUACCUUCGACAUAACGCUGCUGGGUAUCGGUCACAUGGUCGGUGCCGGGAUCUACGUGCUCACCGGUACCGUUGCACGCGAGAUGGCUGGUCCGGCGAUCGUGCUAUCGUUCAUACUAGCCGGGCUAGUAUCACUACUGGCAGCCCUUUGCUAUGCAGAGUUCGGAACACGUGUCCCAAAGGCCGGCUCGGCUUACGUCUACACGUACGUUUCGAUCGGCGAGUUCUGGGCGUUUGUCAUCGGGUGGAACAUUAUCCUGGAACACAUGCUCGGUGCAGCCUCGGUAGCACGUGCCUGGAGCGGUUACGUGGACUCGAUGCUGGGCAACAUUGUGGCGAACAUUACGAUGGAAAUUACGGGUGAAAUGCACGAACAGCUGCUGGCCAAGUAUCCCGACUUUCUAGCUUGCUUCGUGUGUUUGAGCUAUGCCGUAGCACUGGCGGCCGGAGUCAAGGCAACGGCCAUGAUAAAUAGCAUACUGACCACGGUGAACGUGGCCGUCAUGGGGCUUGUGGUGGUGUUGGGCUUUUGGUACGCCUCGCCAGACAACUGGUCCCUACCGGAGCAGGGUUUUAUGCCGUACGGGUUUGGCGGUGUGCUAGCGGGAGCGGCCACCUGCUUCUACGCUUUCGUCGGAUUCGACAGUAUCGCUACGUCCGGCGAGGAAGCGAAAAAUCCGAGUGUUUCCAUACCGUUGGCCACCAUUUUGUCGCUGUGCGUAGUGACGGUCGGGUACGUGCUGGUGAGCGCAGCACUAACGCUUAUGAUUCCUUACAACGAAAUUAACCCGGCCGCGGCUCUGCCCGAUGCGUUCGGUAUGCGCGGUAUCACGUGGGCCAAGUACGCGAUCUCUACGGGAGCCAUCUGCGGAAUGACGACUACCUUGCUUGGGUCACUCUUUGCUUUGCCCCGCUGUUUGUAUGCAAUGGCCAGCGAUGGAUUGCUGUUUUCAUGCUUCGGGAAGGUGAAUACGAAGACACAGGUACCGCUGUUGAAUCUCGCACUGUCGGGCAUCUGCAGUGCACUGUUGGCGCUGCUCUUCGAUCUGGAAAAGUUGGUGGAGUUCAUGUCCAUCGGAACGCUGCUCGCCUAUACGAUCGUUUCGGCAAGCGUGAUCGUACUGCGCUAUCGUCCGAUAUCGGUAGAGGAAACCGUCCAUUUGGCACCGGACACACCCGGCACGGAUGAGGAAGAUGGUGGGCCAGCUCUGUCAGGCGGUGGAGGAAAUGCUACAGCUGGCGCUGCCGGAGGUGGCAUUGAUUCGUCCUCUCAGUCGAGCACAAUCGAUCCUUCAUCGCCAACGAGUGAAAUGAUUGAGAUUGCGCUGGCCGGUAGACUGCGGCCACAGUUUCGGUGGCUGGAACCGGUGCUGGGACGGUGCGAGCCGGGUGUGGCCUGUUCCGGUGCGGUGUUAAUGUUUUGUGUGCUGAGUGUGGCUGUCUGCUUUCAGCUGGAGAACUCCUGGGAUGAGCUGUACAACGGAACAUGGUGGGCGCUGGGACUUUACGGAUUUCUUCUGUUCUGUCUUGUUGCUUGCGUUGUUGUUAUAUCGGCUCACCAUCAAAACACUCGUGGGCUGCAGUUUAAGGUACCGUUCGUACCGUACAUACCGGCGUUAAGCAUUUUCUGCAACAUUGAGCUGAUGGUACAUCUGAGCUUCUUGACCUGGUUACGAUUCUUCAUCUGGCUGUCGAUCGGUAUGCUGGUGUACUUCCUGUACGGCAUUCACAACAGCAAGGAAGGAGAGCUCGGCACGUCGUACUCCAUGCUGAUGUCUACUAGCGAAGCGAUCCGUGGCUGGGGUUCCACCAGUACCGCUCUUGGCGGUGGGACAAAGGUAACGGUGACGAAGAUAAUCAAAGGAAGAAUCAGUCGCAAGACAGCCGGCGACAGGCAGGCGAUAGUGGACGAUGACGAUGACGAAGAUUCUUAA